AUGAUAUUCAAGAAGUGGUCUCAGUACCCUCAAGCUUUUCGGAAUUUGCCCUUUUGUCUGCGAGCUAGCCGUCCAUUUUUUACUGCUCAAAACUGCGCUCUUGGUGGCCUUUCCGCUGCAGCAUUAGGUGGAUUGUGGUACUACCGCAUGCGCGAUACGAAUGUUGAGCUAUCAGAAGAUUACUUUACUAAAUACCAGGUCACACAAAAUAUGCAAAUUGAUGAUGAACACUUCAUGCUUGAGCUCAAGCCUUUAUGUCCUCAGUCAACUAACAUUUGGGACUUAAUGAAAUCGAAGAAGUUAUGGUCGGUGCAAGUGAAGCAGCCAGAGAUAAUGGUAGUCAGGAAUUAUACACCGUUACCCCUAAAAAAGCUUAAAGAUGGUAAUUUCGUCGCUCUUAAGGAAGGUGAUAAUGCUGGCGGCAAGUUCUGGCUGUACCUAAAAAAGUAUCAACAUGGCGAGGUUGCAAGAUGGCUCAGCAAGCUACCUGAGGGCCACAUUGUGGAACUUCGAGGCCCUUGUAUAGACUUUGAAUUUCCCCAUCUUCCUGCUGAUAGCUCAUUCCAAAAUGCUCAAGAGAGCAUGAAAUCACCCUCCCCUCCCCUGUAUGACAUUUUGGCCUGCACUGCGGGCACUGGAAUAGCACCUGCGUUGCAGCUUCUCUUAACGGUAGGAGAUCCAAGAAGAGUGCAGUUGCUCCACUCCUGUAGGAGAAAGCUAGAUCUUGGGCCACUUUUCCCUCUUUUAAAUCAACUUGAGCACACCAGCCGUCUUCAACUUCUUCUUUUCGAGUCUACAGUAGGCCGCGACAUAAGACACACACAAAGCGAAGUUCUCAAGCUAAUCCCAACGCCAAGUGAACAUCAACAAAACACUAUUAUUGGAUCAAAAGAUAAGAUACGUCCCUGUUUUGCCUUAGUUUGUGGCCCCGAUCCAUACAUCACUACAAUAUCAGGAACCAAGUACGACCUGUCACAAGGGCCAGUGGGGGGUUUGCUGAGUGAAAGGGGGUGGUCAGAGCGUAACGUAUAUAAACUCUCCUGA